GUUAGGGACGCUGUAGGAGGUGACCUGCUCCCUAUCCUGUUGUCCUGGCCGAGCAGCCAUAACAUCAUCCGGCAUCGCACGGCUGAGGAUUUUCCCCCAUCCUCAGCCGUGACACCGAGUUGUCGGAUCUUUUCCACAAGGGAGCCAUAGAGCCAGCUCCGGUAUCCCCUUAUGGGAUAAUCAGCAACAUUUUCCUGGUGGCGAAAAAAGGGGGCCAACUGCGGCCCGUCAUCAAUUUGCGCGCCCUCAACGCGUUCGUCAGAUACCCCCACUUCAAGAUGGAGGGCAUCCAUCUCCUUCGGGACUUACUGCAGAUGGGCGAUUGGAUGGUCAAAUUGGACCUGAAAGACGCUUAUCUUACGGUCCCUGUAGAGGACGCGUCCAGGAACCUCCUCUGUUUCUCUUGGAAAGACAGGAUUUGGCGGUUUACGUGCCUCCCAUUCGGCCUCUCUUCAGCUCCAUGGUGUUUUACCAAGCUGAUGCGCCCGGCUAUGGCCUGGCUACGCAGUCGGGGAGUUCGCCUCAUCGUGUAUCUGGACGACAUCCUGAUCAUGGCCCAGGAUCGUUCGGUGUUGCUGAAUCACCUUCGCUGGACCAUGGAUCUCCUAUCCGAUCUGGGUUUCCUGCUCAACCAGGAGAAGUCCUGCCUCUCCCCGUCUCGCGAGAUGGAAUUCCUCGGGUUUAUGGUGGAUUCCACGGCAGGGACCCUCAGCCUACCAUCGGCCAAGAUUCGGUCAAUUCGGAAAGAAUUGCUCAGAGCCAGGUCGUCUUGCCAGAUCCCAUUGCGUCAACUAGCAAGGAUAAUAGGUCUUCUAGCCUCGUCUAUUCAGGCGGUAUUCCCGCUCCAUUACCGGGCUCUACAGCGUCUGAAAAUUUCUCAUCUGCGGACGGGAGCUUCAUAUGCAGAUUGGAUCUCCUUGGACGAGGAGACCAAGGAGGAGCUGUCCUGGUGGACUCACCACUUACACGCCUGGAACGGCAAGGCUAUUUUUGGUCAUCGUCCGGACUUCGUGGUGGACUCGGAUGCCAGCCUGUCGGGCUGGGGAGCUCACUGCGAGGGGAUCACAACUGGAGACGGCUGGUCAGAGACCAGCCGGACCCGGAAGCCGAAGCGGUGGACGCGUUUCUACAGGAUUGGUCUAAGGGCCUGCUCUACGCGUUUCCUCCGUUCCAACUGAUUCCCCGGACCCUGAUUCAAGUACGCCGUUAUGUUGCGGAUCUGACUCUUCUGGUCCCAUUUUGGAGCUCCCAAUCGUGAUUUCCCCACCUUCUGGAGAUGAUAAUAGAGAUCCCGUGCCUGCUCCCGAAGUCUCAGACUCUCCUCCGCGGUCCGCAUCACCAACCGCAUCCUCUACUCUUGGACGGAUCCCUGCGCCUGUUGGCAUGUCGGAUUUCAGGGGACCCUGGGAGGUCCCGGGAGUUUCGGGGACAGCUAGAGUCCUUUUCGAGAAUGCAUGGGCCCCAGGAACCAGAAGAUCUUACAGGUCAGCCUGGGGAUCUUGGGCUAGCUGGUGCUUGGCUAGGGACUUGGAUCCCGUUUCAGCACCUGUGACGGAGAUCUUGCAUUUCCUGUCUUCCCUCUUCGACCAGGGCAAGGCCUAUCGCACGAUCAGCCUGUUCAGAUCGGCCAUCUCAGCGUUUCAUCAGGGCUUUGACGGCACUCCUGCGGGUCAACACCCUUUGGUCUGCCGUCUCUUGCGCGGCUCUCGUAUUUCUCGGCCUCCGAGACCAAGGUUCUCUGCCACUUGGGACGUGUCUUGUGUCCUCUCAUUUUUGUCCUCUUGGCCUCAGAAUUCAGACCUUUCCCUAAGGCAACUGUCUGCGAAGCUUGUCACUCUUUUCUGUCUGAUUUCCUGCAAGCGGGUGUCAGACGUCCGGGCUUUGGAUUAUGAUGCCAGCUCGUACACCCCGGAUGGGGUCACUUUUGACAUCUCUAGGAGGACUAAGACCCACAUACGUUCGGUCUCCUACCCUGCUUUCCCGGCCCCGCCUUCACUUUGUCCCGUGGCAUGCCUCAGGGAAUAUGAAACUCGCACUUCUCUUCAUCGGUCUAGGGAGUUUCCGCAGCUCUUCCUUUCUACUAUUCGGCCUUUUGCUCCGGUGACAACUCCCACGUUGGCGAGGUGGAUGAAAUGGGUCAUGGACUUGGCGGGCGUAGACACUUUUUUCUUUUUUCAGCGCAUUCCGCUAGGGGGGCAUCUGCUACCUCUUUGGCGGUUUAUGGCGCCAGACUGGAGGACAUUUUAAAGUUGGCGGAUUGGUCUAGAGUCUCCACGUUCAGAGAGUUUUAUUUUAGGCCAGGUCCUCAUGUUUUCUCAGCGAUCAUUGAUAACGUGUCUUAAACGUUGAACUUGCAAUACGAGCCUCCGGGUCUUGUAAUAAAAUCUGAUGAUUUUCCUAUUUCAUGACGUAAAGUCAUGAUUUUAUUAAAGACACGGAGGCGAGUAUUGCCCUCCCUAUGUUUCCCCUCCCUAUGUAUCUAUUUAUGACUAUGGACGAUGUUGAUUUGUUUGUCAUGCGCAUAUUGGUUUUAACUCUAUGAGUGUUUUCUCCUGAGUAGGUUUGUCGCAACCAUUUGAUUUUGGGAUACCACGUACCAAUUUGUUUCUAUCAUUCUCUGUUUCACC